AGCCUUUACGACUCCUUCAGUGAUUACAGGACGCAGUUAGAAGAUUAACGUCAUGGAGACGAAGCUGUUUGUUUCUGGUGUCCUGCUCCUGGUUUUAACAGUUACAGGAAGCAACGCACAGUCACAACUCACAGAUGUUUGUGGCACUGCGCCGCUUAACUCCAGGAUUGUAGGAGGUGUGGAUGCUCCUGCAGGGGCGUGGCCCUGGCAGGUCAGUUUGCACAACUCAUUUAGACAUUUCUGUGGAGGCUCCCUGAUCACCAGCGAGUGGGUCCUGUCUGCUGCUCACUGUUUCGACAGCAACGUCCCAACUGGUUUCACCGUUUAUCUUGGACGUGAGAAUCAACUAUCGAUCAAUUCUAACGAGGUGUCGCGGUCACUGUCUCAGAUCAUCAGACAUCCAGACUAUGAUAACACCCCAAACAACAAUGACGUCGCCUUGUUGAAACUGUCCUCGGCGGUUGACUUCACCAACUACAUCAGACCGGUGUGUCUGGCGGCAGCAGACAGCGUGUUCGCAGCUGGGACGACCACCUGGGUCACGGGAUGGGGAACUAUCAACAGUGACGGAACUUUGAUCCCGUUCCCACAGACGCUGCAGGAGGUGAGUGUUCCCGUCGUGUCAAACGCUCAGUGUAGCACCUCCUACAGUGACAUCACUGACAACAUGCUCUGCGCCGGUCUGGAUGAAGGCGGGAAAGACUCCUGCCAGGGGGACUCUGGUGGCCCGUUGGUGGUUAAAAACGGGACUAAGUGGCUCCUUGUCGGAGUGGUGAGUUUUGGAAUAGGCUGUGCUGAGCCCGGCUUCCCAGGAGUCUACGCCCGGGUGUCCAGUUAUCAGAACUGGAUCAACAGCCAGAUCAGCAGCCAGGACAGCAACAGCACCCUGCCAGGUUUCGUCUCCUUUGAGGGUGAUGGUUCAACAUCUGGAACUGCUCGCCUGGUUUCCCUCUCUCUGCUGCUGUCCCUCUUGCCGAUUCUCUUCUCUCUUUUUGUGCUUUCAUAGAACGUCUGACGAUGGUUAAUGCACCUUUAUGAAGCCAGUGUCACUGUAAGGCUGCCUCAAGCUCUCAUUUAGCCUCUUACUCUUGUACUCAAAUCUGCACAUGCAGAAUAUUUCCACUUGUAUCAGGUGCUGAAGGAGUUUUACAGAAACAAAUCAGAAACUUACAUGAAGAAAAUAACAGUAGAUUUAAGAACUUUCUUGAUUCAGUAAUUCAUUGUUUUGUGUUUAGAAUGACAGAAAAUAAAGAAAUUAGUCCUUAAAAAUCCCUAAACUUUCCGCUAGUAGCAUCUCGUUUAAUUCCUCUACUACAACAUGUUGAAGGUUUUUUUUGUUCAGCUUUUCUUUUUUUUUUUUUUUU